AUGAAUGUCCUGUGCUGUUCAGAAGAAGAAAAGAGUGAAGCUCUCAUCUCCAACAAAGAAGACAUAGAUUCCAGUAGUAUUCGAAUGCCAGUUAAGAAGAUCUGUCAUGGUGUUUGUCGAAGCUCCAAGGUGGCCGACCACCAGUAUGCCCGUUUGCUGACCAAGGAUGCAAAGCUGGAGCAGGGUAAAGUUAAGAUAGUUUUGACAAGGCAACAGCUGGAGCUGCUUCUUAAGAAUGCUAAGGAAUUGAAGAACAAGGGGAUCAGAAUAAGAGUCUCCCAGAGUCAUAAGGAAUGCAAUAGCAGGAAAUGGCAGCCGUCUUUAGCCACCAUCCCGGAGGUGAAGAUAUUUUGA